AUGCCGGCCGCUGAUAACGUAGAUGCUCGCCUGGAGUUCCUCGAAGAUCGGGUUUCCGAGUGGGAUACCUUAACCCGAGUGCGGGCCAAAGGGAUCCCAGCUUUGGUCAAUCGUGCCAGGGAGAUUGAUGCCGGCACCCGGGAAUUCUGGACUUUGAAAGAGUGCGUCGGCCAGUUGAUGUGGGAGGCCGUAUCUCCUGGACUAUCUCGUGUCCUCGAACACGUGAAGACUGAGUGGGACGUUGGUUUUUUCAAAGAUGGAAUUUCCGGAGUGUACCCGAUCGGGGGCAAGUGGGGGGAAACCCACAUUUUUGAUGUGCGGUUGAAGUGUGGGCUGCAAGCUCUUAGGAUCAAUCACCUCAUCCGGUCCACAGUUGCCCCCAAGAUGAAGGAAGCUGGUGGUGAUCCUAAUGGACCCCAGCUUUGGGUGCCACGCAGUCAAGGGGAGAUGCGGAGGAAGCGGGCUCGAUCGGAGGCGGCUGGGUUGUCCUCCACCAACGGUGGAGGCAAAGGCGGUGGCCGGGGUCGUGGCUCGGGGAACGGCAGGGGCCAGGGCGGUGGUAGGGAGCGGGGCCGCCGUUCCCAACGAAAGACGACGAAGCGACAGCGACAACGCCGAUCCCAGUGCGGAAAGUGGCUGGCUGACUACACCAAAGCUGUUCCCCUUCUAAAUGAGAUCGCUGAGAGAGCGGACCUUAGUUCACAGGACCUCUGCGAAGCCGACUUUCUUGAUGUGUCCCGCCGCUCCUGUUUUCGGCCUCGUCGUUUUCGUUUUGUUGAUACGAGCGAAAUCAAGGAAUUGAUCAGGACGAGAAAGAGCUCGACUAACCCCGCUGAGAAGCGGGAACUCGGGCGGGAAAUAGUCCAGAAGCGAGCUGAAGCCAAAAAGAGCUGGCGUACGGACCUUCUGGACCGCGCUGCAGCUGGGGAUUUUCAGGUCAUCAGCUACUUCAGGCGCAAGCAGAGCAUUUCCGCUUCUCAACUCGAGUACUGCCUUAGAGUGGGAGGAACAGGCCCUGCAGUCGGCGGCCUACAAGCUUUUUAUAGGCAGAAGUACGCCCCGGAAGAACCUGCUAAACUCACCUCCCCCAUGCACCUCUACGACACAGCAGUGGGAUGCAGGAUGCCAGGUCCGAGCCUCAUCACCAGGGAGGAAGUUGAGCAUGUCCUCACUCUCACCAAGAGCGGGAAGAGUUGUGGUAAUGACGCUGCUCCGUAUGAGUUUUGGUCAGCAGCCCUCCAAUCCGAAGCCUGUGAGCAUCUGUUGGAGCUUCUCAACGACAUUCUACUCGAGAACGUUGAAAUGCCUGCCAACUGGAUGUCGUCUCAGGUCGUGUUGCUCCCAAAGACUAAGGAGCCCCGCGAGCCCAAAGAGUAUCGCCCCAUCGUGCUAGCAGCUACACUUAGCAAGCUCUUCACCAAAGUGCUGUUGCUACGCCUGCGCUCUGUGUUCCCGCAUAUGGCCAGCGGACAGUUAUCUUCGCAGGUUGGAGCCCAGGCCCUGGAUGGGUCAGUAGCCCUAAAACAUUUGAUCCAUCUUUCUCGACAAUGGGGCCUACCUUUGCUGGCUUGCAAACUGGAUAUUCAAGCAGCGUUCGACACCUUGAGUCAUGAGUCUGUAGCACGGUUUUUGUCCUCGCUGGGGGCACACCAAGAGGCACGCCUGCUACUAAGGCUGAUCACUCAGGCUGAAGUCUCCCUCUCCUUCGCGAAUGUGACGUGGAGGCAACGGCUCAAGAGAGGUGUGCUCCAGGGGUCCGCAUACAGCGCGGAACUGUUUGCGCGAACCCUAGACUACUACUUGACUCCCCUUCUGGAAGAAUGGGCACGCACAGAAGUUACCUGGGUCAGAUCAAGCGAUGGCACCCCACUGUUUGCGAUAAUUUUCGCAGACGACAUUUUACUACUUGCUACAAACACGGCACAACUCGCGCGAAUGCUGGGCUCCUUGCAGGACUGUCUUCAGGCGAUUGGCCUUCACCUAGCUAGGGCCAAAUGCCAGCUCAUACGCUCGCCAGAUCUCCCUCCUGAGCGAGUCCCGCCCAGGGGAUUUCCUGAACCCAUCAAAGAAGUCGAUUCCUUUGUGUUCCUCGGCAUCCUCGUGGGGUUUGCAGUGACGUGCCAGAUGACACUGGCUGCAAGAUUGCGAAUGGCUACUAACUCGUUUUUCGGGUAUCUGGGCUUUUUAGCCCGAGCCAAAGGCCCUCUCACGAAGCGACUGCACCUACUGGACUCCUUUGUGACCAGCAGGUGGCGGUGGCUCUCAGCUGCUGUGCGCCCACUCUUUGCAGUAGCCAAACAGCUAAGGACCCUACAAACACAUUUCUUGGUCUCGAUGACUCGUUUGGCGCACGAUCCAUUGCAAACGUCGUGCGAGAAUUGGGUCGCUCGGCGUCGUGGCGCCAAGAUGGCGGCCCAAGCCUGUGGACAUAGAAUAGACCAUGGGAUGCCAUCCAUCUCCGGUCCUUCAUGA